CCAUAAAAAUGAAAGAGCCCAAGAUCGCAGUCCAUCUAAUUUCCUCUUAAUCUCCAUUCAAAGUUUCUUCAAACACAAGAGAAAGAAGGUAUAAUAUCUUGAAAAAGAAAUUAAAGAUGAACGACUUGCUCUCUCCACCGCGGGACAAGAACCAGCAUGUCAUCGAGAUGGCGGAAACGACGCCGUCCGUCGAGAACAACCUCAACAAGUUCUUCGAGGAAGUUGAGUCCCUAAAACAAGAGCUGAAAGAGCUCGAGAACAUCCACAACAGCCUCCGAGUCUCCAACGAGAAGAGCAAGGCUCUCCACACCGCAAAGGAUGUGAAGGACCUUCGCUCUCGUAUGGAUGCUGAUGUCACCACCGCCCUCAGGAAGGCCAGGGUCCUCAAGGCCCGCUUGGAGGCCCUUGACCGGGCUAACGAGGCUAGUCUGUCCGUCCCUGGCUGCGGGCCUGGCUCUUCCUCUGACCGGACACGGACGUCUGUGGUGAAUGGACUGAGAAAGAACCUCAAGGAGUCAAUGGAGAGUUUCAACAAACUGAGAGAUCAGAUAUCGUCGGAGUAUAGAGAUACCGUACAACGUCGGUACUACACCGUCACCGGCGAGAAUCCUGAUGACAAAACCAUUGACCUUCUCAUCUCUACCGGUGAGAGUGAAACUUUCCUCCAGAAAGCAAUCCAACAACAAGGGAGAGCGACAGUGAUGAACACAAUUCAAGAGAUUCAGGAGAGGCACGGUGCGGUGAAAGAGAUAGAGAGGAACCUGAAGGAGCUUCACCAGGUGUUCUUGGACAUGUCAGUGUUGGUCCAAACACAGGGUGAACAGCUCGACGACAUUGAGAGCCACAUGGCACGUGCUAAUUCGUACGUUAGGGGUGGUGUACAGCAACUCCAAGUUGCUAGAAAGCACCAGAAGAACACCCGCAAGUGGACCUUUAUUGCCAUCAUAUUGCUUCUCAUAAUCGCCUUGGCUAUAAUUCUUCCCAUAGUUUUGAGAAACUGAUGACUCAUCAGAAUUGAAAAUAUCUGGUCAAAUUGAAUGGGUUGGUGUUGUUAAUAGUGCUGGCUGCGAAUGUGGAAUCAAUCAAAUGUCAAGUCAACUCAAGCCACCUUGUUGACCUAAACGUCUUUGUGAUUAUCAUUCUUUUCGUUCUCGUGUUUAAUUUUGCUUUUCCCUUGCCGUUAUUUAUUUUUUUAUUUGUUUUAGUAUUUGUUUGAGAUUCUAGAAUCAUUUGACGGGGGAGAACGGAGGCACUUGUUCAUGGAAAGUGUGUGUUCCGCGUUCCACAUAUUUUUUCUUUUUUUUUUCUUCGGCUGGUAUCUUAUAGGAGUCAUUCAUGUACAUAUGUUUAAUUAAGUCGGUUUAUUGAUGUUGCUUUUCAA